AAUUUGAGCUUGUCUAUCUUGACUGAAAUUAGAUGCGCCGUCCGUUAUCGGUCCAAGUCCGAUGGGUCGGGAACGGGUUGGACAAGUUGGGUAUUUGUUCCCGGUACACUUCAAUGGUCCACUUACGCAUGGCAGUCAUUACACCUACCCUUUGUGUAGUAGGCAGAUGAAGUGUACAGAUACCCUUGUAAACCGCCGGCUCAUGCCGUUACAUUAAACCAUAUCAUUCUAUUCUUCGUAGAUAUACGACUCUUAUUGACUUGGCUACAUUUACCGGUGACUCAUAGAGUUAUUAGCGCUUCUCGUAGAGAUCGUAUAAGGGCGUAUUUGUCGCGAGCAGGUAAUACGAGUCACGACAUUUCUGCACCACGGAAAUCGAACACCGGGGGAAAAAGAGGGGAAGGAAGGGACCUGAGAUAAGGGACACGGGAGAAUAAGAAGAGAACAAGUCCCAGCUUUCGGGAGAAGAGAGGUUGAAAUCUUUGUUGUUCGAGCAAGGAAGGAAGCGACCAACCCACCAACCACGAAAAGCAAAACAAGAUGGCGGACCCCUCGACCUGCCGCCCUCUUACGCGAGCCUCGGUGCUCGAGGCGCACGAGCUCAUUAAAGGGCUUGUGCAUCAUACGCCUACGCUCACGAAUGCCACGCUGGAUAGGAUCGCGUCGGCGCCGACGGGAGAGGGUAGCGGGAAGAAGCCUGCGAACCCCACCAUGCGCUUGUACUUCAAGUGCGAGAACUUGCAGCGCAUCGGCGCCUUCAAGAUCCGCGGCGCUAUGCACGCUAUCGAGAGAUUGAAGAUGGAGCCCGGAUGGGAGGAGGGCGGGGGUAGGGAGAAGGGGGUUGCUACGCAUAGUAGUGGAAAUCACGCGCAAGCCCUCGCCCUCGCGGCUCAAACAAACGGCAUACCAGCACACAUCAUAAUGCCGUCCAUCUCAGCGCCCCCCAAGAUCGCAGGGACGAAAGGAUACGGCGCAAACGUCGUGUUCAGCGGCAGCACGAGCGUCGAGCGCGAGGCCGUCCUCGCAGAGGUCAUAGAGAAGACGGGCGCGCGCUUCGUGCCGCCGUACGAUCAUCCCGACAUCGUGCUUGGCCAAGGCACGCUCGGCCUCGAACUCCUCGCGGACGCGCACGAUAUCAUCGCCGCCGCAGCCGGCGUCGAAUCCAGCACCACGCCAGCAGCUGAGCGCGCCCUCCGCGCCCCCGCGACAACGCGCACGCUCCCCGCAAGCAAGAAGUCGAAUCCGCAUCUCGACGCCGUCCUCGCGCCGUGCGGCGGCGGAGGCAUGCUCUCUGGCGUGGCGCUCAGUUGCGAAGGCACCGGGGUCCGCGUCUUCGGGUGCGAGCCCUCGUUCGAAGGCGCCGACGACGCGAAACGGGGCUACGAAUCCGGCAAACGCGUCGAGCGCGUCUCCUCGCUAACAGUCGCCGACGGACUGCGGACGCCGCUGGGGGAGAUCCCGUGGGGCAUCAUCUACGAGCGGCGGCUAGUAGGGGGGUUCUACAGCGUCAGCGAGGACGAGAUCAUAGGCGCGCUGAAGCUCGUGUACGAGCGGCUUAAGCUUGUCAUCGAGCCUAGUGCUGCUGUGCCGCUUGCUGUGGCGUUGUUCAAUGAGGACUUUAGACGUAUGGUUGAGAGAGAAGGGGGAGAGGAUGGGUGGGAUAUCGGGAUUGUGUUUAGUGGAGGGAAUGUCAGUCUUUCGGCGCUGGGGAAGUUGUUCGCGUAGGAGGUGAGGAAGGGAG